AUGUCGCCAUCCAACGACUUCCUUGGGCCGAGUGUCGGUAACCCCCUUUUCCGCAAGGUGCGUGUCACCUAUAAACGCUACCUCGAUGCGUCCGUGCCGCACCGUGGUCUGCGAUGGUGCUUCUUCGCCUUUUUAGCGAUCCUAUACGUGGCCCGCGUCGUCACCUUCGGUGGCUUCUACGUGAUCACGUAUGGCCUGUGUAUCCAUCUGCUCUACCUGCUCCUGCUGCUAAUCACUCCGCUGUCGGACCCGGAUGAGGGCGAUGGCACGUCGCUGCCAACGACACACACGGAGGGCGACGAGUACCGCCCAUUCAUGCCUAAGUUGCAGGAGUUCGUGGUAUGGAAGCAGAUGUUCACGGUGCUGUUCGUGUGCCUCUUCCUAACCAUGUUUCCCUUUCUCGACAUCCCCGUCUUCUGGCCGAUUCUUGUGCUUUACUUCCUCGUGCUGUUUGCGACGCAGGUCGGCGGGCGGGUGCGACACAUGAUCAAGCACGGCUAUGUGCCGUGGAACACAGGCAAACCCAAGUUCGUGCCCAAGAGCACUUCGUGA